AUGUGGCCCAGACGCAGAAACGAAAGGGUGGAAGAAAACCUGUACAUCUAUGCGACCUCUGAGGAACGGAAGCAACGCAACCGUCAGGCCCAGGCUGCCUUCCGUGAACGUCGCACCGAGUACAUCCGUCAGCUCGAGUCUACUAUCAAGCGCAAUGAAGAGUCCCUGCAGACUUUGCAGCAGAACCAUCGCACGGCCGCCGAUGAGUGCCUGAUGCUGCGAUAUAAGAACUCCCUGUUGGAACGCAUCUUACUUGAAAAAGGGAUCGAUGUCCAAGCAGAACUGCGCUUGAAGGCCGGCGCUCCAGGGGGUCCGAAGCCCAACCCCAUGGCGGGGAAACCCCCAUCAUCCUUGGAGCGUGCAGCGAUGAACCGAAAUUCUGCUCAAAGGCAUCCCACUGGAAUUGCACCCAAAGGAGAGCCUUUUGGAAUGCCACAGCCUCGUGACGGGGCGUACGGCAUCCCCUCUCCCCAAUUUCAGGCUACGCCUCCAUCCCACGUCUCCUCGCCGUCUCAUGCCAAGUCACCUGGGUUCGCCUUCCAAGGAGCCAUGUCCCCAGCUGGAGUCGACCCGCAGCAGGCUGCACAACACUCACGCCUGUCGCACUCGAGGAAUAUCAGUCAAACAUCGCCUCCCAUGAGCGUCGCCCAGUCUGAUACCACCGACCCGAAGUCUGCUCUGCCGGGUGGUGCAGGCCCCCGAGGACCCCGUGUCGCCUCAGCGUAUUACCCGUCGCCAUUCCAAAAGCACUAUGAUCAGCUUGAACAAGAGUAUGACGCUCAGGCCGACCUGAUCGAUGAGGAGCAUGAGUCGUCCGUGGGCGCCUCGCCAUACGUGCCUGGCUUCAACGCUGCUGCAUCGGUUCCUGGCUCUCACUCCAUGGGCCACCACAAUCUGCCACAAUUCAAUCCACAUUCGGGAGAAGGAUCCAAUGGAGCAUAUAACAACACGAAUCAGCUUCUGGGCAACUAUGAGCCCAUGCUCGAUGCAGAUCCCUUUGGUCUGAGUGCGAGCAUGCACUUCCAGACCCCCUUCAGCUACGAACAGAAUAAUACUCGUCACUAA